AUGGUAACCCACACGGCGCAACUGAAAAAGUCCUGGAAGAAGUUGCAAUGGAUCCUCCGAUCGCUGCCUCCUAACCCUAGUGACUCAUAUUCCCUGGAAUUUGGCGACAAAGAUUACAAUCCUUACAUCCUUGAUACGGAGUUGCUUCGCCUUGGGAUCCUCGUUCAUGAUAUGGAUAUCGAAACUGGAGCUAUAUCACCUCCUGCCAACACCUUUUUCCUUCCAAGGACCGACUUCCCAGAGAUCUCCGAUGCCUGCAAACAAGAUUGGGAUUCUUUGAAUAAAGUUUGGCGGGAGGCUGUUUAUGAGACGACUAAGCCGAAUGAUAAAACAAACGUCUUCAGUGACGAACCCGGGCUUUUUGCUCUGUACCUCGUAUCUACUUUUGAGGAAUACUCUUUUGAAGGGAAUAAAGACCUUGUAAACCCGUUUCGUGAUCUCAGUCCCUCUGAAGGAGGACAGCCAAGCCAAUACGGAUGGAUCUAUGAUCUUGAGGCUGAGGAAAGGCAGACCAAUCCUCUCGAAAAAAAAUUCAAUGUUUUGGACAUGGUGCCUUCAAGUUUGAAAUACCUUUGCCGGUGGAAACUCGACCCUGGAGUGACAGUCACCCUGUUGAGUGAUGGAGACGAGCUCCUCGUGGACCAUGGAAGUCAUGUAUUGGCUUCUGGGGAUGUUGGACAAUGCGGCGAUGAUUCACGACCUUCCAGAGACGAAGUGACAAUCUUGGUUCAUACAAUGUUGGAAUCCAUGUUGUGCGCGUGGACGCCAAUCCACGAUGCCGAACCAUGUAGUUACAACCCUGAGUUCCCAACAAUACUCUUCCUCGCGGAUCGGUCAGGCAAAUGCCGUAUCCUCAGUGGAUAUUAUGACGGGAAGCUCCAUGUUGGUUUAACCCGACUUUUGGAUUUCUCAGCAUAUGCCUUAGCGCCGCCUGCUGGCAUGUCCUACCUAGAGAGUAUCGACCAAGAAAAGUUUUACAGUAUGAUGAAUAUGCUGUUGAAAUGGGCAUGGCCGAUUGCAUUGGGUGGUUUGAAUGAGGAAGAGGAGAUCCCGGUGGUCAUUGAUCUUCCAACAAAUGUUCAGCAGGACACGGAGGAGCCAAACGAGGAGGAGCCAGACGAAAAUAAUGACGACUGGGUGAAGGUCUGA